AUGUCAAAUCUCAAACGAUCGACUGGAAAAAACGGCAUGGCCGAAGAGGAUAUCCGAAAAGCACUUUUGGAUGUGCUAGCGCAGGUGUCUGGGUUGGCGAAGGAAGAUAAAACACGAGUGUUUCGCGAAGCAGUACGGGAGAAGCUCAGUGUGGAGCCUGCAUAUCAUGGAAUGCUUUCCACUGCCUUCAACUCCAUAAUGCUUGACAUUGUGGAAAGGUCUUCUCGUGAAGAUGAUGCCCUAUUCGCCGCCCUUUAUGAUCUCUUGGACGCGGCGUUGCACUGUACCGAAGCUGGCGUUCAAGACCAAACCGUUCCUUUUAAUAUAAUCGAAGACUUGCUCGAUGUGCUGACGAUAUCCGGUGCUGAGCGGGUUGUCGAGUAUCUGGAGACCCGUGCGGAUAGAUUAACUGUGGGGAUAAACCCAAGUAAAGGAAAAGGGUUGGUGCUUUUGCGACUCUGUAACGAGAUCCUUCGACGAUUGUCGAAAACAAAAAAUACGGUAACUUCCGGGCGGAUUUUGAUGUUCAUGGCGAAUGUGUACCCUCUUAGCGAGAGAUCUGGUGUCAAUUUGCGUGGAGAAUUCAAUGUCAAGAAUGAGACGCAUUAUGAAGGCGAAGACAUACAGGAUCCCAUGGACAUUGACGAAGCAGACGCACUGAACAGCAGUCAGGAAAGCCUAUACCGGAUAUUCUGGCAUUUACAGCGAUUUUUUGCGAAUCCCUCCCUUCUAUGGCAAACUGCCAACUUCAACAGAUUUCAAAAGGGGAUAGACGCGACUCUAAAAAGAUUUGACGACAUCAACAAAGAGACCACCUCGCAGUCAGCAAAACAUAAAGACGAUAAACAAGGCUCCCAUGAUCGAAAAAGGAAGCAUAGAGCCAGUGACUCGUCAGAGCAAAUCGAUGCCGCAAAACACCCAUCUGCAAAUGGCAAGAUUGAACUUUUUUUCCCCAAGUUUUUGACCAGUCCGAAUCUGUUCGACUUAGAGUUGCGAGAUCCCUACUUCCGUCGGCAAAUUUUGGCGCAGUUUUCAAUCAUUUUGCAAUACCUGUCGGUGUUGACACAAGAUGAGAAAGAUAAAGUUGCAAAGGAAUUUGCUGAGAACAAGGACUCCAUCUUGAACAAAGCCGUGCAGCAGGCAUACACCUUAACGUCCGAGCAGGAAGCAUGGGUGAAGGAUGCGCGGAAUCGUGCAUACAGCGUCUCUGAAGCUACAUAUCCUUACGGUAAACUGUUCGCGAGAAAUCUGAGCACCGUUAUUACGCAUGAAAGGAAUUGGAUUGAAUGGAAAAACCGAUCGUGCCAAACUUUCGAAACACCCCGUAUCAAGGUAGAGGAAGGGGCAGCAAAACCUAAAUUGCAGGGUUCAGAUGCGGUGAGGAGAAGUAAUUGGCUCGGCAGUGACCAUAUGACUUCGCUGUGGGCGCAAGGAGACAAGGCAGAGGAAGUCAUGCGGGAUGCAAAAAGAAGAAGAAUGAUGCCGGCAUUGGACACACUACUUGAGCAGCUGGAUGAGCAGCUAGACGAUAGUGGUAACCUAACUGGAGGUAUCGAAGAAGAGUAUGCAUUACAUAAGGAUAUGCGAUUUAGCUGGCGUUCGUAUCGCGUGGCAAUGCGUCACCAUAUGUACCUUUUUCAUGGAUCUAGACAAGUGGAAAUACAAAUCGACAAUCAAGCACCGGGGAAAACCCUGCUGAUGGAAUGGCGGAAAGAAAGGAAACGGGCGGAAACAAGCACCACAGAGCAGAAUGAGACUAUCGCAGAUGCUACCCAGGCAAAUCAACAAGAUACGGACAUGGCGGAUAUGGAAGGAUCUACCGGCGAGGUUGAGGAGAAACCGCAGUCAAGCACAACCUUAUCCACUCCCGAUCACAGCCAGCAACGCCUUGUUAGCGAGCUGGAAGUCGGAGAGGUAACACCGCCUCUGAAGGGAAUAUCAAAGGAUCCAGCGGAUCAACCUGAACCAGGAUUAGUGGAUCCAGUAAAUCAACCUGAAGCAGAAGUUUCUGCUAACGAAGAAACGACAGUUACGGACGAGGCAACACCCACGGCAGCAUUGCCCAUCACGGCAACGAUAAUAGCGGGAGAUGCCGCGUCGUGAUGAAUGAGCCCGUCAGCUCGCAUUGUAGAUAGAAAAAAUGGAAUGUAUAUAUAUGCAAAUAUACAAAGAGAUCUUUAUUUGACUGAUA